CGGCUUAACGAACUCGUACGUCCGUCGGCGUCGACUCCGGCGCGGCGCCUUUAUAAAAAGCGGCAGAUCCAUCUCCGCGCGCAGCGAACCCGCCGCCAGCUAGCUUGCUUCGCCUUAAACUAUUCUUCCGUAACAAACAGCAGGGCAGCAGCAGCGGGAGCAGGAGCAGCUGCCUCACGUACAUAUAUACAAGCCAUGCAGCUGUGCGGCUGCUAGCUAGUGUUGCUCCAUCGAUCGGAUCCGGCAUAUCGACGACGUGCUGCGGAUAUAUAGCUAGGCGACGGCGCACAUGGCAGCGGUUCUGAUCCUCCUGCUCGCCGCGGUGGUGGGCGUGGCUGCGACGGUGGCGCCGGCGCCGGUGGCACGCGGCGCUGGCGUUAUGCUGCAUGUAGAGCAUCACCAGGUUGUGGUGGACAACGGCGUGGUGCAGGUAACGGUGUCCAAGCCGCAGGGCCAGAUCACCGGCGUACGCUACGCCGGCGAGCACAACCUCCUGCACUUCACUAACGACGAAAACUCUGGCGGGUACUGGGACGUGGUUUGGAACUUUCCAGGGUCCGGUCAUCCAAGAGGCAUGAUCGACAUGCUGGACAGCACAGAGUUCAGGGUCGUAUCGGCCAGCGAAGAUCAGGUGGAGCUAUCCUUCAGGAGCACCUACGACCCAUCACGCCUCAACAGCGUCCGGCUCACCGUCGACAAGAGGCUGGUGAUGCUGAGAGGCAGCUCCGGGUUCUACUGCUACGCCAUCUUGGAGCACGCGGGCAGCUGGCCGGCCCUCAACAUCACGGAGGCGCGGCUCGCCUUCAAGCUCAACACGGCAAGGUUCACCUACAUGGCGGUCUCGGACGAGAUCCAGAGGUACAUGCCCAGGCCGGCGGACCGGGACGCGCCCCGCGGCAUGCCCCUGGCGUACAAGGAGGCCGUGCUCCUCCUCAACCCCGCCGAGCCGCAGUUCAAGGGCGAGGUGGACGACAAGUACCAGUACUCGCUCGACAACAAGGACAACGCGGUUCAUGGCUGGAUCGCCGGCGCUCCCGGCUCGGCCGUGGGGUUCUGGGUCGUCACCCCCAGCAACGAGUUCAAGACCGGCGGCCCGCUCAAGCGCGAGCUCACCUCCCACGUCGGCCCCACCUCCCUCACCAUGUUUAUGGGAACACAUUACGUCGGGAAUGACAUCGUGGCCAAGAUCAAGGAGGGCGAACACUGGAAGAAGGUCAUGGGCCCGGUGUUCAUCUACCUCAACUCCAAGCCCGAGAGGCGGGACUUCCACGCGCUCUGGGAGGACGCCAAGGCGCAGGCCGAGGCCGAGGCCAGCAAAUGGCCCUACACCUUCCCGGAGUCGCCUGAUUUCCACAAGGCUAGCCAGCGGGGCUCGGUCACCGGCCGAUUGCUGGUCAGGGACAGGUUCGUGAGCGGCAAGGACAUGCCCGCCCGCCGUGCCUACGUCGGCCUCGCCGCGCCGGGGCAGCCUGGCUCCUGGGCCACAGAGAGCAAGGGCUACCAGUUCUGGGCGAGGGCGUCGGCGACCUGCGGCAGCUUCGCCAUCGGCAACGUCCGGGCAGGGGUGUACAACCUCUACGCCUGGGUCCCGGGGAUCCUCGGCGACUAUAUGCACACGUCUACCAUGACGGUAGAUGCCGGCGGCGCCGUUGCCCUCGGUGACCUCGUGUUCGAGCCGCCGCGGUCGGGGCCGACGCUGUGGGAGAUCGGCGUGCCUGACCGGAGCGCCGCCGAGUUCUUCGUUCCUGAGCCCAACCCCAAGUACGUCAACAAGCUCUUCCUCAGCAAGGACAAGUACAGGCAGUACGGGCUGUGGGACAGGUACGCUGAGCUGUACCCCGGCGGCGACCCCGUCUUCACCGUCGGCGAGAGCCACUACUCCAAGGACUGGUUCUUCGCGCACGUCACGAGGAAGACGAGCAACGGUUCCGACGCGGUGACGACGCGACGGAUCCGGUUCGGCCUGUCCCGCGUCGUCGCCGACGGCACCUACACGCUGCGUGUGGCCCUCGCGGCGGCCCACAUGUCGAGGCUGCAGCUGCGGGUGAACGGGGCGCCGGUGACGAGGAGGGGGUCGUCGGCGGACGCCGGAGUGUUCGUGACGCCGGACUUCGGCGACGGCAACGCGAUCGCGAGGCACGGCGAUCACGGCACGUGGUGGAGCUUCGAGUUCGGGAUCAAGGGGUACCUGCUCAUGGAAGGGGAGAACACCAUCAGCAUCACGCAGGUCAGGGCCUUCAGCGAGUUCAUGGGGGUCAUGUACGACUACAUCCGGCUGGAAGGGCCGCCCGGUUCUUGGCGAGAUCCCACACAACUUCCGUGAAUGAAUUUAUGUUUUUGCAAUUUUAUACACAAGUUGUAGAACGUAGGUAGUUCAGCGAGGAGUGCCUUUUCACCCCCGAGCUCACCAUCAUGCGGCCGGGUAAACGUUAAACAGGAAAGUAAAAGAGUAGAAAAAACAGAAAUAUCUGGAUUUUUUUUUGUUGCAACAAGCAUGUUUGAGUGGAAGAAAUGACAU